GCGAAGGAGUUUGUCUGGCGAGAGCGAAAGCGGCCGGGAAGGAAAAAUUAGAAACUUCCGUUACAAAUGCUUUACAUCAACAUGAAAGCGAGGAGGGAAGUAAACAGCAAGGAUUUAUCUGCAGAAUUUAAUGUUUUCUAGUCUCCAGGGGUUCAAAGUUUUCGGAAUUUAGGUCCCCCUCCCCUAAAAGCAUGUUGGAUGUGUUUUUAUAUCUGUGCGUGUGGGGUGCUACGUCCUUAGUACCGUUCAAAGCACUAACUGAAUGAUAAAACUUUGUCAACUGCAGGCGUGACGGCGGGGUGAAGGAUUUGCUCAAAGUUGGGAGUUACUCCAAGUGUGGAGAUGAAACUUUUGAGGUCGAGAUUGAGUACUGUUGGAUCUCAUUAAGAUUUCGGAAUUUUACUUAUAGCACCACACUAUUAAGGGAACAAGCAAACUUUCCUCGGAAAUAUAAACACGUUUUGUUUAAAAAAAAAAGCGCCCAGAUGGUUGGAGUUAAUUAUCAAACCCGGAGUUAAACGCGGGAGUUAAGUUCAAAGGGAUUAAUUAUUACUGUCUGGAAUUCCCCAGCUUCGGAUCAGAAGGUGUCAGAGGAAUUACGAAAACAGAUUUGGGAAGCAAACGCGCCCCAUUUCUACCUCUUUCCCCUGUGUCGGGGCGAAGGAGGUCGGAAGAGGGUAUCGCGGUGGCCGUUCAGGAAAUCAGGACUUUGGAGAGGGAUCCGAACGCUGACCGGAGAGGUGCUAAAUCAUUAAUCUCCAGGCGGCAAAGGAUUAAACCAAUCCCGAUCCUCCUCCCCAUCGCAACCGGGCAAAAGAAAAUACCAAGCAGCAGAUCUGAGGUGGCGUUGAUUUCUUUUUGAAAAGAUACGUUGGUUUGGGAGGAGGGAUCGGCAAUUGAAAGAGUUAAUACCAAAGCAUAAUCAAUUGCAAGAGAGCGAUCUCACUGCACUAAUCGAGGAUAUCAACAGAUGAUGGGAGACGCGAGUUCUGGACUGAUCGAUAACCGGGUGACCGCAGUGUUAGUUGUGGACGGUGGUUGCCCAGAGGUAAUCGUUACAUCAGGGGCUGAAACCCCGGGCCAGGACGAGCUGAUCGGUCAUUCGAGCGGGGAAACCAGGAAGAGGACACCGCACUCUGAGGCUCCGAGCCAUAAACUAAUUGUAAGACCAGCGACAUUUGUAAUCAAUCAUUCGAAGGAUCGAUGCCAAAGCACAUUUGUGCAAGGUCCGAUUGGGACCUUUCACCUAAGAGGAGCCGAUGAACACGGUUCGGCUCAGCGCCCGCAUUCAGCCCGUACUCAGGUUAUCGGAAUUGCCAAAGAAAACGAGAGUACGGACAGUGCAAUCAGUAACCAAAGAGAAAUAAAGCGAGGGCCUUGUUUGAGAGCUGUAAUCAAUAAUCAGGUGAUUGGGAUCCCAAGUGGUGGUGGCAUCGGAACGAUCAUGGAACCGAAAUCGGGAAAAUUAAAAAACACGGCCAGAUUUGCCAGUGCGGGAAGAAACUUUAAUAUGUUUGGAUGUUUUGGGAGAUUGUGGACAUUUGUGCUGUUUCAUAUCCACGUGCUACAGACCCUUGCGCAAGAAGAUGUUCCGCCUUAUUUUAAGACGGAGCCAGGGCCGCCACAAGUUCAUCUUGAGGGAAAUCGUUUGGUCUUAACUUGCCUAGCGGAAGGAAGUUGGCCACUUGAGUUCAAGUGGUUCCGAAAUGGUACAGCGAUCACGGAGUUUUCAAGGGAAUACAGGUAUGUAAUCCCAUCACUCCAACGAUCGGACACUGGGUUUUACCAGUGUGUCGUCCGGAACAGGCGGGGAGCACUUAUGCAGAGGAAGACAGAAGUACAUGUAGCAUACAUGAGGAACUUUGAAGGAGCGGAUCGACAUAUUGUAAUAACACAAGGCCAGGCAGCAGUUCUAAAACCUCCGAAUCUCAGCAGUUAUCCACAGCCGCAAGUGACGUGGUUUCGCGAUGGCCAAAAGAUUAUCCCUAGCAAGAGAAUUGCGAUUACACUUGACAAUCAUCUAGUACUGCUUUCAACGGCCGCAGCAGACACAGGAAAAUACUAUGUACAAGCAGUCAAUGAAAAGAAUGGGGAAAAUAAGACGAGUCCAUUUAUCUCCCUGACCAUUUCAAAUACUGCAGAUCGAGCUGGCCCUAUGGCACCCAAAAUUGUCGUCACUCCAAAAGACACCAGUGUAGUGGCUGGUACAAGUGAGGUCACUCUUGAAUGCAUUGCAAGUGCAAGGCCUUUGGAUAGACUGAAUAUUACCUGGAAACAAAAUGGUGUGAUACUGAAAAGUGGGAUCAAUGUUUUUGGAAGACGUUUGAUGAUCUUGAAUCCAACCUCAACCAGUGCUGGAAAGUAUGAGUGUGAGGCCACCCUGCAGAGCAGCAGUGUUCCACCUGUCCGUGCUUAUGCCUAUGUGUCCAUUAUAGAACCACCAUAUUUCACUGAAGAGCCCAACAGAUGGAUUCAGGGUGAAGUAGAUAAAACUGUUGAUAUCCCGUGUCGGGCUAUGGGUAUUCCUUUACCCAGUCUUGAGUGGUACAAAGAUUCAGUUCCAGUAGUCACGUUGAACAACAGCAGAUACAAGGAGAUGGUAAGCGGGACCUUGCAGAUCCAGAGGCUGGUCCCUGAAGAUUCUGGAAUAUUCCAGUGCUUUGCACGGAAUGAAGCAGGAGAUAUUCAAAUACCUUCCUAUCUCACCGUUACCAAUAUUGCACCUUUCUUCAUCAGAGCCCCAACAGACACUGCUGUAACCGAUGGAGCAGCUGUGGUUUUACACUGUGAAGCUUCAGGGGCACCUAAACCUGGCAUUAUAUGGACAAAUGGUGAUAAGGUUUUAGCAAGUGGUUCGGUACAAAUUCCACGGUUUGUACUUCAGGAAUCGGGUGGGCUGUUGAUCAAACCAGCCCAUGUUGAAGAUGCAACAACGUAUACCUGCUUGGCAAUGAAUUCCAAGGGAGCAGUGAAUGCAUCGGCCAACCUCACAGUGUGGACACGCACCUUCAUUUCAGUCCCACCUAAAGACCGCAGUGUAAUCAAAGGAACAACAGCUGAAUUGAUGUGUGGAGCAACCCAUGACCCCAGAGUCACAAUUCGAUUUGUUUGGAAAAAGAAUGGUAAAAUUAUCGAUACAAGUACUGCACCCAGAAUUACUUUAAGGCAAAGUGGCUCACUUCAUAUUAGCCAGACUUGGUCAGGUGAUAUUGGCGACUACACCUGUGAAGUUUUGUCAGUAGGAGGGAAUGACUUUAGAAGUGCUCGCCUGGAAGUCAUUGAACUCCCACAUCCACCCAGGAACCUGCAGGCGACAUUGAAUGCUUCAAAAAGCCGGACAGUGGAUUUAUCAUGGACUCGACCUUUCGAUGGAAACAGCCCUAUUCUGCACUACAUUGUGGAGUUAUCUGAGAACAAUUCUCCAUGGAAGGUACAGUUAUCGAAUAUUAAUCCUGAUGUUGUGCACAUUACUGUGAAUGGAUUGACAUCAGCUCGCUCGUACCAGUUCCGGAUCUGUGCAGUGAAUCAGCUGGGGAAAGGGCAGUAUAGUACCGAAACCAACAGGUUGCUAUUACCAGAAGAACCACCGAGUGCCCCUCCACAGAACAUUAUGGCCAGUGGUCGAACAAAUCAAUCCAUAAUGGUGCAGUGGCAGCCUCCUCCAGAGCAAGAGGUCAACGGGGUGCUCAAAGGUUACAUUCUCAGAUAUCGACUUGCAGGUCUUCCGAGUGGAUACCAGAUGAAGAACAUCACGAGCCCUGAGAUAACCUACUGCCUACUUAAAGACCUCAUCAUUUGGACCCAGUACGAAAUUCAAGUUGCAGCAUAUAACAGUGCUGGUCUUGGUGCAUACAGCAGAGCAGUAACAGAAUACACAUUACAGGGAGUCCCAACAGCACCCCCUCAGAAUGUAGAAGUGGAAGCUGUAAACUCCACCACCAUCAAGUUUACGUGGGAUCCUCCCCCUCAGCAGUUCAUAAAUGGCAUCAACCAAGGCUACAAGCUCUUUACUAGGAUUGCGGACCCACCAAAUACAGUUGCAAUGAUGACAAUCACCCCUGAUUUCCACGGAACGCGCCAUGAAGCCCUAAUUACCGGCCUCAAGAAGUUCACAAAAUACAACACAUCUGUACUGUGUUUUACAACACCAGGCAAUGGUCCCGAAAGCCCACCCAAGUUGAUUCAAACUCAUGAAGACAGACCAGGACCCAUAGGGCACUUGAUGUUUUCUGAAAUCCUUGAUACCUCUUUGAAAGUCAGCUGGCAAGAACCACAGGAGAAAAACGGGAUCCUCACAGGUUACCAGGUUUCGUGGGAGGUGCUUAAUAGAAACGAUAGUCGUGUGAGCCACAAAUUGUCAAACACAACUCUAGAAUACAAGAUAACAGGACUGACUUCCCUAACUACAUACACCAUUGAGGUGGCAGCCAUGACAGCAGCUGGAAGUGGAGCAGUAACGCCAUCCUCCAUCUCAUCUGGAGUGCCUCCAGAGCUCCCGGGUGCACCAUCUAAUCUUGUGAUCUCCAAUAUCAGUCCCCGAUCAGCCAUGUUGCAGUUCCAGCCAGGGUUUGAUGGAAAAACAACCAUCUCAAAGUGGAUAGUGGAAGGACAGAUUGGAGUGAUUGGAGAGGAUGAAGAAUGGGUUUUGCUUUAUGAGGUGGAGAAUGAACCAGAUGCCCAGAUGUUAGAAAUCCCUAAAUUGAUUCCUUAUACAUACUACAGGUUUCGAAUAAAGCAGAUGAACAUUGUGGGCUCCAGUCCUGUAAGUUGGCCUUCCCGUGUAAUUCAAACUCUGCAGGCUCCACCCGAUAUAGCACCAGCAAGCAUCACGGUGCGAACUGCAAGUGAGACAAGUCUAUGGGUCCGUUGGGUGCCUCUUCCGGAGUCUGAGUACAAUGGUAACCCGGAGUCAGUUGGAUACAGAAUUAGGUAUUGGAGACUGGAUGGUCAGGGCACGCCUGCAACUCAGAUCAUUAAUGAUCGUCUGGAGAGGGAAAUCACCAUCGAGAAUCUGGAGGAAUGGACCAACUAUAUGUUUCAGAUCCAGGCUUUUAAUGCUAUUGGAUCAGGGCCCUGGAGCAGUCAAGUUCAAGGAUGCACUAGAGAGUCAGUUCCAUCAGCUGCUCCAGGAAAUGCUACAGCAGAGGCUGUGAGUCCUACACAGAUCCUGGUUAUGUGGGGACCAGUUCCAGAAUCAGAUCAAAAUGGACUUAUACUAGGAUACAAGAUCCUGUACCAAGAGAAAGGUUCUGAAUCUACACAAACGCAUCUAGUGAAAGGAAAUUUUACACACUCUGUUGUCUUAAACGGUCUGAGGAAAUACACUCAAUAUGAGAUUCAAGUUUUGGCAUUUACCAGGAUUGGGGAUGGAGUACCAUGUUUCCCAGCUCUAAUGGAGAGGACAAAAGAUGAUGUUCCAGGUCCUCCCAUAAAGCUGAUAUUCCCGGAAGUCCAGUUAAGUUCAGUGAGGGUAGUCUGGCAGACACCAGAGAACCCAAAUGGUAUUAUUCUAGGUUACAGAAUAGCUUACCAUUUGGCAAAAGACCCAAGUAAAUGCUUCAACAUAGAAGUCAGUUCCAAUGCCCGCCAAUAUUGGGCAACCAAUCUGAACGCUGAAUUAUGGUAUGUUUUUUGUGUAUCCGCGAAGACACGUCGGGGCUGGGGGGAGCCGGUGGAGGCAGCAGUGAAGACUACACAAACGAGAGAUCGCCCACAGCCAGUUACCAACCUGAAAGUACCACAGUCUGAGGUUCACAGUCGCAGCCUACUGUUGCAGUGGAAACCUGGAAAUUAUAGUUCAUCACCAGUGCGCUACUUUACAGUACAAACUAAAGAAUACCCUAGCUUGGAAUGGCAAACACACACCUCUUCCAUCAACUAUGAUGCUACGUCAUACAUGAUAGAACGUUUGAAGCCGUAUACUACUUAUCAACUACGAAUGAUGGCAACUAAUGACAUUGGAGAUAGUACUUUUAGUGAGGAAACGGAGCCAGUGAUGACACGCCAAGAUUUGCCCAGUGAGCCACCAAUUAUUCUGUCUGUGAUUCCAUGUACAACUACCUCAGUCCAUGUUCAUUGGCAGCCACCAAAGGAAGAAAGUUUAAAUGGCAUACUGAUGGGAUUCCGCAUCUACUACAGAGAACUUACAUAUGACCACGUACCAGGAUUCUAUACGCAACCCAUCGGGGAACCUUCUGCUCUGCAGGGAGAGUUAACAUCUGAGAGCAGCUUCAAGACAAUCAACAGCUCCACGGUAACCGAAUUCGAGCUAACACAACUGAGGAAAUACACAAGAUAUGAAAUCUUAAUGAAAGCAUUUAAUGUGGCGGGUGAGAGUCCUGCCAGCAGUCCUAAAGAGGUCUAUGUGGGAGAAGCAGUUCCUACAAGAGGUCCUCAGGGUGUAAGUGUACGACCCCUCACAGCAGCCCAACUGGAAGUUACAUGGCAUCCACCUCCAGUCGAGGCACAGAAUGGGAAAAUACAGGGUUACAAGAUCUAUUACUGGGAGCAACAGAACCAAAAUGAUACAGAAAAGAUGAGGAUCCUCUUCCUCCCAGAGAACACCAUCCGACUGAAAAACCUGACAAGCUACACCUUGUACGCAGUUAGUGUGUCAGCAUUUAAUGCUGCAGGGGAUGGGCCAAGGAGUGAACCUGCUGAAGGAAGAACACAACAGGCUGCUCCAAGUGCUCCCAGUUUCAUUACAUUUACAGAAGUUACAAGCACUACAUUGAAAGUGUUGUGGGGAGAGCCGGCUAUGCCCAAUGGAGUCCUCAGGGGAUACAGACUGAUCUACGAGCCACUGGAAGCUGUACAAGGUGUGAGUAAAGUGGUGACAGUUGAUCUUCGAGGCAACAAUCAGCGGUGGCUGAAGGUUCGGGAUCUGUUUAAAGGAAUACCAUACUGCUUCCAUGUCCAAGCCAAAACCUAUACCUUUGGCCCUGAGAUUAAGGCUAAUAUUACUCCCGGUCCAGAAGAAGGUUCCCCAGGUCCUCCUCUAAACCCCUCCGUUAGUGAAACUGCAUCUGCCGUCACGAUCCACUGGACACCAGGUAUGCCUGGAGCAGGACCAAUAAAGGGUUAUAUAAUCGAGGCAAGACCCUCAGAUGAAGGAUUGUGGGAUACGUUUGAGAAAGAUAUCCCAAGUGAUGCAACAUCACAUGCGAUUAACCGAGAUAAGCUAAGACAAGGAGUGAGCUAUGAAUUUCGGAUCAUUGCAGCCAAUCAGUUUGGAUAUGGUGAACCAAGUACACCAACCAUUGUGAGAUCAGCUCAGGUGGGAAAUCCUCCAUUUUACGAAGAAUGGUGGUUCCUGAUAGUGAUGGCACUCUGCAGCCUCAUUCUCAUUCUUCUCAUGGUGUUUGGACUAAUCCUUCAUGGACAGAACAAGAAGUACAAGAACAAUAAUGGUAAAAAUUGUUCGAAUGUGGAAGAAACUCUCACCUUGGAUAAUGGAGGGUUUACUGCCUUGGAGCUAAAUAGCAGACAUUUGACUGUCAAGAGCAAUUUCUGUAAGAAAAAUGGCACCAGGUUUCCACCAAGGCCAAGCCCAGGAGGGUUACGCUAUUCCGAUGAGGAUUUAUGUAACAACUACAAUGGGAUAAUGCUGACAGAGAGUACCACUUUAACAGAGAAGCCUACUGAAAUGUCAGGGUCAGAGGCAACGGACAGUGAAUAUGAAGGUGAAUUACCAAAAAGCACACACUCAUUUGUGAACCACUAUAUGAGUGAUCCCACCUACUACAACUCAUGGAAGAGGCAGCCAAGGGGGCUUCCUCGAGCUUCAGCUUACACUUAUGAAGAAUGCACAGACGGCGAGCAGGAGCCGUACUAUCCAACAGUGAUCACAACGCAGAGUUCAGGCGGUGCGUACGUGCCCACAGGUCAGCCUGCUUCUGGCUCAAGGACUCCUGUGACUGGAUUCUCUUCCUUUGUGUGAUAUUUCAUUCUGAACAGCAUAAGACAAUUUCUCCACUGAUGGACCACCGUGCCAGCUGAAAUGACUCAUAGUUACAGAUGAGAGAAAACUGUCUAAUGGAACUUGUCAUCUCCAAAGCUGCCUAAAAAGUGCCUUUUACAUGUUGGUAAUUUCAUUAUACCGAUAUAGCAGUGGUGUAGUGACGUUCAGUAAAGUUGGUGUCCCAUUCAUUUGAAUGUGACAUUCACUGGUUUCUUUUGAUAGUAUUUUGUUUUAAAAAUAUGCUCCUGCAUCAUGUCUUUGUGUUCCCCCCAUCUUGGAAGCGUUAAAAUUUGUUUCAAAACAUAUGUUUUAAGCUUGGUGUGAAACUAGCCCAGACAAACUAAAGUUAAGGCUCCUUUGGCCAAGGGACAAAGAACAGCGUGAGGCUGUCCGGGAGUCCACUAAAAGGCAGAAAUUGAGCAGAGUCACUUCCUGCUGUGGUAAAAUACGGGAGUUGCUGAUGUCACCACUGCAUGAAAGGGCAUGUUUCAGGCAGCUUUUAUCAUUGCCUUCUAAUUUCAUCACAGCUUCAGUACUGGGUUCCUCAACUGUGAAAACAAGUCAGGCCUACAGGAACAUCACCACCAGCUGAAAAAGGGGCAAAAGUCUUCAUGAUUUUCAAACUUAGAAAACAGCAUCUGAAGAUGCUCCCCCAAUUAUUUAGAAAGUAUAAGUAGUAAUGAAGAGAUUGGCUGUUCAAGGUUUCAUAUAAAGUUUCAGAAAUGGAAAACACAAAAAUUAGCAGCCAUCAAUCCAGUUUGAAUUCUGGGAAGUUGAGAGGUUACAAGCUCUUAAAGUGAGUUUCCUUAAUAAUUGCACUUAAUUCAGCUCCAUUUAUAUUCUCAGGAUAAAAAGAGCUUAAUGACCUGUAGAUGUUGCCCAUUUAACCAUUUAUCUGUGUACUUGCCAACACUAACCAUCUUUUGCCUUUUAUUUUAUUGUAUGAUUUUUUUUUCAGUUUGUUUACUUGAGUACUGUCUAUGUAUCACAGCUGUACAUGGGAUCUAAAGGCAUCGUGGUUAGUUUGCUAGACCAGCAGCUGACAUUCUGCACUAUUGAUCCAAAGGCACAAGUUGAAUCUCUCAAUAGCAGAUGGAGAAUUUAAAUUCAAGUAAUUAAGUAAAUGUGAAAUAAAAAUAAAACCUGUCUAAUGGUAAGCAUGAAACUACUGGAUAGCCUCAGUACCUGAAAUCAUUCUUCCACUUCAGAUGGAUUUGGAGCAUCUGCAGAAUAGACAACAACCCACAGUACUCAUGCUUAAGAAGCGAAGAGAGUAGAAGAAAUAGCUACAAAGGGGAAUGGUGAUGAAGGAAAAGAAAUGGAAAAUUGAUAGCCACAUUUAAAUUCUGUGUACAAAUACCAGUUAAAACUUCACUCAAUUGUUUUUGAACAAGUAAAAACAGUAAAUGCUGGACACACCCAGCACAUGAGGCAGCACCAGUAGAGAGUGAAAUUGUUGAUGUUUCAGGUCUGGAACCAUUUGCAGAACUUCGCUCUUUCUCUAAAAUGAAAUAAAUAUUCUGAAUUUACUGUAAUUUUAAAAUUUGACAGAGUGUCCCAGCACUGAAACAUUAUCUUUUUUCCUUUUUCCACACCCACAGGAGCUGCCUGACCUGCUAAGUAUUUCCAGCAUUUUCUGUUUGCUUGUCCUCGAGAAAGUUUCUCGAGUCAUCUUCCAAUCCCUAACAGCCAAUAGUUACAAACUUAACUGACGUUUUCCAUUUAGAGGAAAGGUAGAUUUGCUACUUCUGUCUUCUUCCCAUCACCUGCCAAUGUAAUUUUCAGAGAUCAGCAAGACAAACAGGUGCCUUGAUUUCCCAAUUUAUGCCACAUUGUUCUGACUGUUAAUGAGUUGAGCAUCAGUAACAGACCCAAAUAUAACAAGAACUGAAAGUGGGUUGCUCUUUUUGUUAUUAAUAUGUAUCUGGCAAUGUAGCAGCCUGACUGUGGGACCUCAAUCACAUCACGUCCAUGACGAUCCUCUCAGCGAUACUGUAAAUCUGGUAAAGGCAAUGCUGUGGUGUCCUUUCUGCGGCUACUUUUAAUGUGCAGGUUAAAACCUUGCAUUGAUAGGCUCUAACUUGAGGUGAUUUUGCUUGAAAGCAAAACAGGUUGUCUUUCUAACUGUCAGAAGUAGAAAGCAGGGUUUAUUACAGUCCCGAUCAGAAUAGACAGAGGGGCAUUCUUAAUACAUUCUAAAAAUAGGAAAAUACAGGGCUCCUAAAACAAUGGGGUAAAUAUCUCUGCUUUGGUAGUACUUGGAAUCCUCCUCCUGCCUUGAUCUUGAAGCCCAGUUUUCUGUCCAUCAUUACUCAGAGCCUAUAAGCAUUAUGCAACUAUUGGAAUACCUUUCCUUUCACAGGGAAUUGAUAUUUCUGAGAUUGUUAAUACUGUACCACCAGCAAUUUUGUGUGCAUUAAAUUGAACUCUGAGUGUUAAUGCCUGAGCCUUAACAGGGAUCUGUAGUCAUGUCAGAAAACCCUUUAGUUUGCUUUAGUUUUCCACACAAUGAUGAAUUAACAUUGAUCACUGUUGCUACCUACCUCAGUAAACCGAUAUUCAGUGUUUAACUAAGUUAGAUUAGAACUGAAUAAAUUCAAAUGAUUUCAUUUACCGCUUAUCUGUAAUGUGACCCAGCAUCCUUUGUGAACAUCUCGAAUGAGAGAAACAUAUGCCUCUAUUUCAGGAGUGUUGUAGAUUUUUCUUAGUUUGCUAUGUAAUUCUACAUACUUAAUACCCAAAUUUUUUGAAAUACACUGGACAUAUUCUUGAAUUAUUUGGAAGAUUUACAUUUGGGAACCACUUCCAGUAUAGGAUUCCCCGGUUGCUUUUGUGGAGAUUGUGUUGGUGCUAUUUCUCCAGUGUGUUGAGAUGCCAGCUGAAGGUCUUUGAACUUAUAGGAGAGUCGAGUCACUGAUGCCUGUAGUCUGUAUAUUUUUGCAUUGGAUUUGAGGUUUACUUAAUGAAUUAACAAAUUACAGCAUUGAUGGAAAGUGAGCCAAGACUGUGCUUUACCAGCUGGCAAAACCAUUCAAGGGUUUUUCUGCUAGGAGCGCAGAGCCUCAAUGGUUAGCAUAGAGCUGGUUUCCAGUACAGGCUUGAUGCAGGAACCACAUUAGAAGAAACCAAUGGAACAGGGGUAGGUGAAGCUGUUCACCGCGCAUCGAAAGGUCUGGGCACAAACCAUGCUCCUUGAAAACGGUCUGUUAACAUUUCAUAAAAGAAAUAGUAUUGCCUACUAUAGAUUGAUUUCUGCAGUGUAUAUCAUAUCAAAGUACAUCAUAUAUUUUUGAUUCAUUUUUUGUUAAAUUAUAAUUAAACAUACUUAACAUCUGUUAAGAUUCAUUUACAAAUCCUAGAUAUCACCUCUUCAAAUAAGUAAUGUGCUAACCUGACCUUAAUAUGUAGGAUUAAUUUCUUGGCAUCAUAUUCUGGCUUUCUAUCCAAACUGAAUGAGCUAAAUUGUCCCUUGUCUUUGAUUAUGCAUCAAAAGAAAGGAAAGCACUUAAAAUAUUAAAAUUACUGUUAACAAUAUUGCUAAAUUGUACAAUUGUUUAGUAAAAUUAGCUGUGGAGACUGUUUUCCUGGUGAUGAAAUAGAGCACUUUUAAUGAAGGAAAAGCUUAAUGACAUUUGGAAAGAAUGUUAGCUUAGUUCCAUGACCAUCAUUAAGCUUAACACAUUUGAACUUGAAUCUGUGGGUAACCACUAGAAUUUGUUGUUAUGAAUUAUUUAAUUUAAUCUAGAAAAUUUUAAUGUAUUUUGAGCUUUGUUAGGAGCACUUUUAGUUGAUCAGUGAGUCUUGGGAGUACUUUGUUCAGCCCAAUAUAUUGCAAUAUUAUAUUAAAGCUAAAUACAGUCAUUAAAGUGCAUUUACAUCACAGUUUAAGAUAUCAAUAAUUACACAUUCAUAAUAUUAAUAGCAAGCUAUAUUUAUUAUAGCAUUACUUUGUUAUAUAUUAAUCAGUUUUAAAAGUUUAUUAAUUUAAAAACUUUUGUAACCACUUUAUGAUUUGCAGUACCUUUUCUACUAGCAAUGGCAUUCUUUGCCCUUCAAAUCUAUUUCUUCAAUUUAAGCUAAAAUAAGAAAAUCAAUUUAUUUUAAAAAUAAUUUCACAAACUUUUGUUAUUUCCAAGUGAGUACAUGAGUAUUGCUUACUCUUUUAAAUGAGGCAUCGAAUGGGGAUUUUUUUUUAAAGUAUCUCUCUCUCUCUCUCACUUAAAAAUGCUUUAUUCAUGUUAGUAAGAAACUCACUGUAUUGGUUUGUGAGCUUUCAGCUUUUCUACAAUGCACCAAGAAGGCAUGCUUCUCAUUGAAAUCUAGUGUAAAUCAAAACAAUCCCAGGGCCCCUCUAAUACUGAGGUUACAGAAUUCCUUCAAGGUUUAAGCUGCCUGAAAGUCUGCUUAACUCUUUAGUUGUCAUGCAAACAUUACAAAUGGUGGCUUGAAUAUUGCUUAAUACUAUAAAAAGAAGCAACAGCAUCUGACGAAAACAUGCUGCAUGUGAUGGUGCUCCUCAUCAUACUGCAAACAGUACAUCACUUUCUUUUCGAGAAAUACAACAGUUUCAGUUGACUGGUGGAUGACUGCAGGUAUCUGAAUACUGGUUCUUUAGUUUGAUGAGAGGUGUAUUGAAGAAUUGGUCUACAGGAAAAGAUCUAUUCAGAUUAUACUGCUGUGGAAGAUCAUAUGAUACAUGGAGGAUGCUAUUGAUUUAGUUUACAUAGCGACUUAACCUCCUGUCUAGCAUUUCAAAGCCACUGUCAACAUGCCACACUUUAAAUGCAUCCUCAAGCCAUACGAAUAUAAUCAAAAUUUCUGCAUUGGCAAUUUUUUGAAGAGGUUUUGUUUGUACUUUGUAAGGGACAUGACUGGUACAUUUUUGGUAACAAUAUGAAUGUGUAUUUUUACGAUACUUUUUUUGUACCGCUGAAUUUGUACCCACUUGUGAAAUCCUAAUAAAGUACGAAAUAAAUUGAAGCAGAUGAAAGGUUGAGAUCUAUUCUCAGCAAAAUGCAGUAAAUGACAGAUCUAAUGUCAUGUUUCUUGGCACAUUAUUAUACCCAGUAUUUCCAUUUAGCAUUUGGCUUCAGUUGUUUCUACAGUGGAACAUUCUUCAGUUAACUUCUAAGCCAAAACAACACUGUGUAACUUCUAGUUAAAUUAAUUCUCCUGUGUUGUUUCCUGUAAGGAAAAAAAUGUUGUAGAUUCUAUUUUUUUGCCACAACAUAUACAUGGUUCACUCUGUCUUUUGUAAAUAUUAUGUUGUAGAGAAAGUUUAAAAUAUGCCAGACAUAUUUUGGUUAAAGGGUUUGUACUGGUCAUUAUUUUAAUGAAAUCACUGUGUAAGUUGGAUGAAACUCUCCAAUUCUAAGCUUUAUUAAAGCUGCUUGUUUGCUUAAUCA